UUUUACGAAAACAAAACAAAAGGUGUUGGAACGAGUGUUUUAUUAAAUUUUCAUUGAAUUUCGCCCAAAUUUAAUUUAUUUUAUCCAAAAAAUGGAUAUCGUUCAAUCAGUUCUGCAAAAGGAGCAAGAAGAGCUCGCGAAAUUCAAGCCAAUUACGGUCGAAAAGAAGGAAGAAGUUGCUCUCGACUUGGGACAUCUUCUUUGCACGGAUGCCAAUGACUUGGAUGAGGCUCGUUUGCGUGACGACACAGACAACUACUUGCUCGAAUUGACGCGCGACAACACACAAUUGCUCCUCAACGAGAUCUGGAAGCUCGAAACGGAACGCAUCGACGAAGAAAUUGUCGCAAAAUUGCCGGAACCGAAACUGCCGCUGCCCCGAAGUCGCAAAUUGCCGGAACCGAAGCCGCUGACACGCUGGGAAAAGUUCGCCAAAGAGAAGGGCAUCCAGAAAAAGAAGAAGGACAAGAAGGUGUGGGACGAAACGAUGGGCGACUGGGUGCCGACAUGGGGUGCGAAACGCGCUAAAGUCGAACAACAGAAGGAUUGGUGCAUCGAAGUGCCGAAAAAUGUCGAUCCGAUGACAGACAUGUUCGAGAAAAAGGCAGACUUGAAGAAGGAAAAAGUGGCGAGGAACGAAGUGAACCGCAUGCGAAAUAUCGCGAGAGCGGAAAAAAUCGCGCUUCCACGUGCCGGCAUUGUGUCAGCUGAUGCCGCGAGUUCGAAGCAACUUUUGACAGCGGCAACUAUUGUGAAAGCAUCCACAGCAUCUGUGGGUAAAUUCCAAGAAAAACUGCCCAAAGAAAAGGUUGCACGAGGAAUUGGCGUGAAGGAAUUAAUUCCAGGCAUGAAACGCAAGCGACCCAUAACAGACAACAAGAAAGAACGCGAAGUCAAUUUGGAGCUAGUGACACAAAUUUUGAACAAAAAACCCAAAAUUGACCUUGAAAAGGCAAUUUCAGUGCAGAAACGUGAAGCGCGAGAGGAACGUGAAAAUUUGGAACACACAAACGUCGAUUCAAAGAAAGGCGGAAAGAAAAAGGGAAAAUCAAAGGGCGGUAAAGGCAAUAAAAAACCGAAAGGAGGUCAAGGAGCACGAAAACCUGGCAAAAAGUCAUCAUUUGGUCGUAAACGAAGAUAAAUUGCUGCCUUUUACCUUUCUAAUAAACAUUAAUUACGCGCUAAGAUGUUAAAUAUACCCGAAAAAAUUCAAAAAUAUAAUUUUUUAUUAUAUUUUCUAUCUAAAAA